AUGGCGGAGACUAAAAUCAUCUACCACAUCGACGAGGAGGAGACCCCCUACCUGGUGAAGCUGCCCGUCCCCCCGGAGAAAGUCACUUUGACAGAUUUUAAAAAUGUCCUCAGCAACCGGCCUGUGCAUAGCUACAAAUUCUUCUUCAAGUCCAUGGACCAGGAUUUCGGGGUGGUGAAGGAGGAGAUCUCGGAUGACAAUGCAAAGCUACCGUGCUUCAAUGGAAGAGUGGUGUCCUGGCUGGUCCUGGCUGAAAGCUCCCACUCCGACACAGGCUCCCAGAGCACUGAAAGCCACACGGACCUCCCUCCUCCCAUCGAGAGAACAGGUGGCAUCGGAGACUCACGGCCUCCCUCAUUUCACCCGAAUGCUGCCAGCAGUCGAGAUGGACUGGACAACGAAACAGGAACGGAGUCGGUUGUUAGCCACCGGCGAGAGAGACACCGGCGGAGGAACAGGGAAGGCCAUGAAGACGUCCCUCGGCUCAAUGGGCACCCCAAGUUGGACCGGCACCGCGAGCACCCGCCCGGCUACGACAGCUCUUCCACCAUGAUGAGCAGUGAGCUGGAGUCCAGCAGCUUCAUUGACUCGGAUGAUGACGAUAACACAAGCAGGCUGAGUAGUUCCACAGAGCAAAGUACUUCGUCCCGGCUCAUACGGAAGCAUAAACGCAGGAGGAGAAAACAAAGGAUGCGCCAGAUUGACAGGUCAUCCUCAUUCAGCAGUAUCACAGAUUCAACCAUGUCCCUGAAUAUCAUCACUGUCACGCUCAAUAUGGAAAAGUAUAAUUUCCUGGGGAUCAGCAUCGUAGGACAGAGCAACGACCGAGGAGAUGGUGGCAUUUACAUUGGCUCUAUCAUGAAAGGAGGAGCCGUGGCUGCAGACGGCCGAAUUGAACCAGGAGACAUGCUUCUACAGGUGAAUGAGGUCAACUUUGAGAACAUGAGCAAUGAUGACGCAGUGCGGGUUUUACGGGAAAUAGUCUCCAAGCCUGGACCUAUCAGCCUAACGGUGGCCAAGUGCUGGGACCCCACACCUAGGAGUUAUUUCACUAUCCCUAGGGCUGAACCAGUGAGGCCAAUUGACCCUGCAGCAUGGAUCUCUCAUACCACAGCCAUGACGGGAGCAUACCCCCGUUACGGUAUGAGCCCCUCCAUGAGCACCAUCACAUCUACCAGCUCCUCACUAACAAGCUCAAUUCACGAUUCGGAAAAAUUGGAAGAAUCUCCCUUGACUGUGAAGAGUGACAUGGCUACUAUUGUCAAGGUUAUGCAGUUACCCGACUCAGGCCUGGAAAUCCGGGACAGAAUGUGGUUAAAAAUCACCAUCUCCAAUGCAGUGAUAGGGGCAGAUGUGGUCGACUGGCUUUACACGCACGUGGAGGGCUUCAAGGACAGACGGGAGGCUAGAAAAUACGCCAGCAGCAUGUUAAAACACGGCUACCUCAGGCACACUGUGAACAAAAUCACCUUCUCAGAGCAGUGCUAUUAUGUCUUCGGGGACCUCUGCAGCAAUAUGGCUGCCUUGAACCUUAACAAUGGUUCUAGCGGAGCCUCUGAUCAGGACACUCUUGCUCCCCUUCCACAUCCUGCUGCACCUUGGCCGUUAGGCCAGGGGUACCCCUACCAGUACCCACUCCCCCCUCCAUGCUUCCCACCAGCAUACCAGGACCCAGGCUUCAGCUACGGAAGUGGCAGUGCGGGUAGCCAGCAAAGUGAAGGAAGCAAGAGCAGCGGCUCUAACCGAAGCAACAGUGAGAACAGCCGGAGGGCUCUGGGCAGGGAGAAGGACCGCAAGUCAGCCGGAAGCGGCAGCGAAUCCGACCACACUGCCCGCAGCGGGGGCGGAGCCAGCGUAGUGCGCCGCGAACGGCCCGUCAGCCAGCUCAGCCACCGGAGUCACAUCUCUGCCACCCACAGCGAGAGAAGCCACCACAGCCACCAUUCGUACGGGCCUCCGGGGGUCCCCCCCCUCUACAACCUGCCAAAGCUAGGCUCCAAAGUCUACGGGACGAGUGGACCCCCCGGCGGACCUCCCGUGAGAGAACUGAGUUCCGUUCCUCCAGAGCUGACAGGGAGCCGGCAGUCCUUCCAGAAGGCGAUGGGCAACCCUUGCGAAUUCUUUGUUGACAUCAUGUGA